UUCGAUUCUUAUCCAUACCUAAAAUGAGUUCAUCAAGAUCUGAAGGGAAACUAAUUGAAAGUCAUGACCAAGUUAAUAUUUUGAUUGAUGGAGAAAAAGGUGUUGAUUUCAAUGAAGAAAAUGCCAUCGGUCAAUAUGUUAUUUCACUAAAUGGUCAAUAUGUUGCGAUUUGGAAUUAUGAAAAUCAAACAAUUUCUGGAUGGAACAUCACAAAAGAACUCACUUCUGAGUUUGACAAAUCAAUAAACAUCACUGAACUUGAAAUUUUGGACACCGAUAUACA